AAUGGCCAUUACAAUGAAACCCAACGAGCGAACCACCGCGUUCCACUAAUCCUCUAUUUCGUGCCUUAAAGUUACGUACCUUAUUUACCCCUUCCCUAAUAGCUUAAAUCCAUAUCUGUCCGUUUCUCUCUCUCUUCUCUAUUCCUUACACACAUGCACUCUCAUCUUUUGGAUAUUCACCACCCAUCUCUGAUCGUUUUGUGCUAGGAACUGAUCGCCUGCGGUGACUCGAAGGUUUCCGAAGGCGGAGAAUCGGCAUGACGAGGCGGUGCUCUCACUGCAGCAAUAACGGGCACAAUUCACGAACAUGCCCGUCCCGUGGUGGAGGUGCUGGCGGCGGAAGCGCUGGAGGUGUGAGGCUAUUCGGUGUUAGACUCACCGAUGGAUCCAUCAUUAAAAAGAGCGCGAGCAUGGGGAAUCUCUCCGCCCAUUAUUAUUCUUCGUCGUCCGCUGCUGGAUCACCGAAUCCCGGAUCACCGUGCUCUGAGCCGCUCCGAGACCUGGGUCAUGAGCAAGACGGGUGCUUGUCUGAUGACCCCUCUCAUGCCUCCAGCUCCGCGAACCGUCGUGGAGAGAGAAAGAAAGGUGUUCCAUGGACUGAAGAAGAACACAAGAUGUUUUUAAUUGGUCUCCAGAAGCUAGGUAAAGGAGAUUGGCGUGGCAUAUCUCGCAAUUUUGUUGUGUCAAGGACUCCUACUCAAGUAGCAAGUCAUGCCCAAAAGUACUUUAUCCGGCAGAGUAAUGCUACUAGGAGAAAGAGACGUGCCAGUCUUUUUGACAUGGUUGCAAAUGUGGCUUCAAAUCCACCUUCAGUGCCAGAAGAACAAGUAUUACUGCCACCUUCUGAGAACUCACAACCAGGUAUUGCAAAUUUACAACCAUCAAUAGAUCUCAACCUCAAGUCAGAAAUCGAACCCAUGGAAACUAAUUAUGAAGAAAAUGCGGAAGAGCCCAAUGAAACUAUGGUAGUAUCAAGUGGAUUGACACCAGUGGCUAGCGGAUUCAUGCCAACAUAUGUACCUGUUGCAUUUUCCUUAUGGCCAUCAAAUGCAGCUCCCUUUGAAGUUAAGGAAGCUGAGACAGCUCAUCAUCAGGUCCUUAAGCCAAUCCCAGUCGUUCCUAAGGAACCAGUCAAUAUUGAUGAACUUGUAGGCAUGUCUCAACUGAGUCUUGGGGAAACACAAAAACGUGAUAGAGAGCCUUCCCCACUUUCUUUGAAGUUGCUGGGAGAGCCCUCAAGGCAGUCAGCAUUCCAUGCAAAUGCUGGUGGUUCAGAUUUAAACAAUGGCAAGAGCAGUGCAAUUCAAGCAGCUUAAGCUUUUAAAUUCUACUGAUGACAGAAGUAAUUAAGCCUUUUUGUGGUCAUGGUUCCAUUUGUAUCUUGUACUAUUCUAUACUUAUCUUUGUCUUUUGGUUUUGGAUCCAUCUUGUUAUCUUCAAGUAGCAAGAUGUCAUGUCAUGUAGCUCAGGAUAGAUAAAUUCAUGAAAUUUUUAUUCUUUCUGACUGUAAACAAUUGGAAGCUUGAAUAAUCAAAUGACCACGGGCUCGGUUCCUAAA